GUAAAUACUUGGGCUAUGGUGGCCCGGAUGACUACAAGCAGGCCGUCUCUUGGCAGGCCCAUAAUCUUCGCAUCCUCUCGGCUAUGCUCAUUCUUCCGAUCUCGGAGAUUUCUCUGCAGAGAAACAACUGCGGAAGCAAUGUUUACAGCUUUGGAAAUACCACCACCGUGUCCGGCGGCGAAGCUUAAUGUCGUUCGAGCACUUCCAAGCCAAUUUAGAUUCUACCGACUACCUUACAAUCUCGGCCUCCCUAACCGUCAACUUCCUUCGCUUUCGAUACGAGCACAAUCGCUAUCUGAUCCAUCGACUUCAUCGCGUUAUACGGACACGAUUGGAACCUCCUCUCCAGCAUUUCUUCAAUUCCCUCAGUGCACGCUAACUCAACGCCACAUCCUUGUUCUCAAUGUCGUUGCCUGCGCGACGGCAAUUUCUGCAACCUGGCUCUUUUGUUCUGCGAUCCCCACUCUUCUGGCAUUCAAGAGAGCAGCCGAAUCAUUAGAGAAACUCAUGGAUGUCACAAGGGAGGAAAUUCCAGGAACUAUGGCAGCCAUUCGAUUAUCUGGCAUGGAAAUCAGUGAUUUGACCAUGGAACUCAGUGAUCUUGGGCAGGGUAUCACCCAAGGUGUGAGAAGUUCCACUAGAGCUGUUCGAGUAGCGGAAGAGAGAUUACGUCGCUUGACAAACAUGUCUCCAACAGCCUCAGUGCAGGAAAUGACAAUAACCAAUCUGGGAGUGAGGGGAGCAGAGCCAGUUCUGGCUAAAAGGGCAAAAGACAUUAAGGAAGGGAUUCUGAAAGGACGUUCCAUCUUCCAAUUAUUUCUCUCCCUUACAAGAUUCUCUGGGCUGGCCUUGAAUUAUUUUAGCAAACGAGGUAAGAAGUAGAGUAGUUGGAAGUUCAAGAUUAUCGAUUAAAGUUUGAUCACUGUAAGUAAAUUCCUUUCUUUUCCUUCUGAGUUAACAAGUUUAUGUAUUAUCGGAUGUCCCAUUAUGAAUUUUCCCUUCAAGAAUUAUUUUCAAGGUUUUACCCUCGUCAGUCAAGUGUUCUUAAAAUGUGAUUGACCACCAUAAAAAAUGAAGGGAAGUUGCUUUCAAGUUUCCAUUUU